AUGGCACUUCGAGCUCUUCGGUAUGGCACUGCCACUGCGAUUCUGUCUGGCCUGAUCCAGCUCUCUCUCGGGAGCGACGUUUACCUCGAUUGCAGCUCGAUUGCAAGCGGUGACGGCACUAAGUCCAGCCCGUUCAACUCCUUGGAGCAGGUCAACGGAUUCGUCUUACACGCCGGAAACUCCUUAAACAUUAAAGCUGGAACGACAUGCACAGGAACUCUAUCACCGCAGGGCAGUGGUACGCAGGGCCACCCCAUCAUCCUGACCAGCUAUGGACACGGUCCUCUGCCCAUCAUCAAUGGUUCUGGAGCCGCGGAAGCUGUUAAGCUGGUCAAGCAGGAUUAUUGGGACAUAUCCAGCAUUGCAGUUAUCAAUCCUGCUCCGGCAAUAGGCCGGCGGCGCGGCAUUGCAGCGACUGCCGAUGAUGGCACUGUUCACCGCGGUCUUUAUAUUCACGACGUCACGGUUUACAAUGUCGCCGGUGAAACAAACAAGGCAACCCAUUCUAGCGCAUUCAUCGCCUCUGCCGGUAUUCUUGUGAACGGUACAGAGAACGUGAGUCGGUAUGAUGAUGUGCAAAUCUACGGUAACACAGUUCAUGACAGUGGGGGUGGUGGUAUCAAAGUCCGUGUUGGCCAGAUGACCAACCGAGGAGAAGGUGCACACAUCUGGGGCAACAAUAUCUCUUACGCUGGAGGUGACGGUAUUGUUGUAUCCUACGGGGCAGCACCGUUCAUCGAGAAAAACACCUGCGGAUUCCUCGGUCACGGCAAGUAUCCAUAUACGGGCGGUAACUUCGCAGGAAUCUGGGUGCUCGGGUGCCUGGAUGCUGUUAUGCGGUUCAACGUCGUCCAUGACUCACUUAUGUCGGACGUUGAUAGUGAGGCAUUUGACUGUGACUGGGGUAACGAGGGCACCUGCACUGUCGAAUACAACUACAGUCAUGACAAUGCAGGCGGCAUUUUCCUGAAUUGUGAUGGCUGUGGAACGCCCGGUGGUGCCACGCAGAUUGUCCGAUAUAACAUCUUCCAGAACGAUUGCCGUGUGUAUAGCAACGGAGAUGGAGUGCAAUUGAACUUUUACAAUAAUGUCAUCUACUGCCCUGACAAGGAGUUUGAGAUCGCUGUGCCGCCUCAUACCAACUUGUCCAAUAACAUCUGGGUUGGAACGGCAAACUCGACAUUGCCCAGCGGAGGCUCGAUCGAGUGGCACGCGAAUUUCUUCCAAACGGUGCUUAUGCCGGUGAAUACAGCCGGGAGCACAGGAAAUCCACAAUUUAUCAACCCGGGUACUGGCCAGGACAGUCUGAACUCAGUCAAUGGCUAUAAAUUGCGCUCAGGGAGCCCUGCUCUGCACCAAGGCAACCUUAUUGCUGAUAACGGCGGUCGGGACUUCUGGAAUAACAAGGUGUCAUCAGUUGUGAGGCCCAAUAUUGGAGCAUAUAAUGGAUAG